CAAUGUCAACAUAAGAGCAUCAAAGCCGAAAUCCAUUACCAGCGCACAUUUUAGAGGGAAAAUUGAAGCCACUGUUUUGAAAGCUACACUUCUUUUCUUUCUUUUUUAAAAAAGAAAAAAUAAAAAUUCAUGAGAUUAAAACCCUAAAUUCUGCUGUGAAUCCUUUCGGAGCUGGUUUUCCUACUAAUUACUGUGCAAGAAAAGGGAAAUACUCGUUUUGAUUUAGAUGAAUAUAUGGCUUCCAAACCUGAUAUACCAACAAAGACACCUACCACAAGGUUCCUCUCUUUCUCCAAAAGCUUGUUUGCUGGGAAAUUCUGGGAAAUAACAGGUAUAAAUGCUGUGCAUGCUACAAGCAAUAUAAGAAAAAAGAGCAUCUUGUGGAGCACAUGAUAAUCUCAUACCACUCAGUUCAUCAGCCUAGAUGUGCUGUGUGCCAGAAGCAUUGCAAAUCUUUUGAAUCUCUGAGAGCACAUCUUCAGGGUCCACUGGCAAAAGCAAAUUGUUCUAGGGUUUUCUCUCAUCUUGGCUGUGAUCUUUGCUUGAAAGUUUUUGAUAGCCCCAAUUCACUUAUCAGGCAUAGAGAAAUGUGUUGCCUGUCUACACCUUCUUCCUUUGUAACAAAGAUAUCACAUUGCACAGAGUUACAAAUUUGUAUGUUAGGAUCAAAUGAUAAUUACAUUGGCGGAGGUGUUAUAGGAUCAAAUGAUAAUAUUGGUGGAGAUGUUAAAGCCAUCGCUAUUGACUGUGAAAUGGUUGGUGGUGGAAGUGAUGGUACACUUAACCUUUGUGCUAGAGUGUGCCUUGUCGACGAAGAUGAAAAUAUAAUUUUCCACGCUUAUGUUCAACCUCAAAUUCCAAUCACUGAUUACAGAUAUGAGGUAACUGGGCUAACUGAGGAGCAUCUAAGAGAUGCCAUGCCACUUAAGGAAGUGCAAAAUAAAAUUUUGGAGAUCUUGUACAACGGUGAAUCUGUUGGGAAGGCUAGAUUGAGUGGUGGAAAGGCAAGGCUUCUUGUGGGUCAUUCCUUGGACCAUGAUUUGGAUUGCUUGAGAAUGUUUUAUCCAGACCAUUUGUUGAGGGAUACAGCAAAAUACCGGCCAUUGAUGAAGACUAAUCUGUUUAGCCACUCACUGAAGUACCUCACACAAACAUAUCUAGGGUACAAUAUUCAGACCGGGAUACAUGAUCCAUACGAAGAUUGCGUGGCUGUGAUGAGACUGUAUAAAAGAAUGCGUGGGCAAGAUCAUGAGGUGGAACAAUCAGGAUUACGUGGUAUAUCUGGCAGUUUUGACUCCUUGAAGCCCAAGGAACUUGAGAGUAUGACUUCAGAUGAGCUAUAUGAUAUCUCAAGAUCAAAUUACAAAUGUUGGUGCCUGGACUCAAAGGCAAAUAAUCUAGCUUAAUGUAACAAGAACAACUGACCAAGUAGAAAAGAUAUUGAGAUUUGAGACCAAUUGGUACGAACUGGUUCUUAGGGUUUUCAUGUUAAUAUGUUGAGGGUUCGCAAUUUAAAAGGGGUUCUCAAGUUUAUUCAUGGAUGUUCUAUAUCACCAAUUGUAGCCCCGCUUUUCUACACACCCCGUCAACACCUUGAACGAGGACAUUGAUAUCAAAUUCCCAUUUCUCAAACUCCUAAAUUAACAUUACAAUAGUUUUUUAAGAUCUUUCAGACCAUCACCAGUUCCUUAAUGAUGUAAAUCUAUGUUCUAUAUUUUGGAUGUAAAUCUAUGUUCUAUAUUUUGGAUUUCUUGA